UAAAUUGAUUGAUUGAUUGACCUAUGUUGUAUCAUUACCGUGGCGGUCCAUCUGAAAUUUGAAAUCCAAGGCAAUGAUCUCUACUCUCUAGCCCUGGGCCUGGGCCUGGGCAGUCUAGCAAUGCCCGCGACGCAUUGCAAUCUGUAGACCGGUGUUGAGCAAGCUAGAACUUGAAGAGCUGGCAGCGCGACAGCUGUGGUGGGCGCCUGUAGGCGAGGCUCUCCAACCCGGAGCUGAAGAGUUCUAAAAGGUGCAGCUGAUCAGCCGUAGGAUCUCAACCCGUUGACAAGCUUGGAUAUCCUGUAAACGCAGCGUUAGACUCAACGUCCUCGUGGGUCCCAGAUGCUGCUGAAAGAGGACUGAAGAGCAACUUGCGAGCGGGCAGCAUUUACAUUUCAUAUCCUAGCUUGCAUCCGCGGUCAGUGCCCAGGGCUGCUUUGCAGACAUGCCAAUAGCUGACUCUGCAUUCUAGUGGCCCUCUAAACAGGGGUUGGACUCCCUUACAAUUACAGGGACAGUGGGUCUAGCUGCUUGAUUGUCACCAGAAGGGCUUCAUUGCUCAAGCCACGUUGCAAGAGAUGGCCGAGACCACGGCGGAGCCUGCGCCGGCGGCCCCGGCAGCAGCCCCGGCGAACGAUCUGGACGAGGAGAGCCACUACUUUGACUUUGGCACAUUCUACAAGAAGCCCGAGUUCUGUGAUCGGGCAUUCAAACUCGUCAUCCUGGAUAUGAGAGCAAAACGGGCGGUCCAGCCCUGCGCCCCUCCAAAAAGGGCAUUCGAGCAAAGGAGAAGGAAGCAGAGGGCGAGGAGGUCCCGGUGAACUCGAUUGUUGUUGCUGCCAAGAGCGCUGUGCUCCGGGCCAUGCUGUCCAACGGGAUGAAGGAGUCAGCUAAGGGUGCACCCAUCGUCAUCAGGGUUACAGAGCAAGAAAAACCGGCGUUCAAGGAGAUGCUCCAGUUCCUCUACUCCGGCACCCUCUCCCCGGAAUUUCUGGCGCCAGCAACUAGUAUGAGCUCCAUCGUGGCGCUCCUCCUCCUGGGCGACAAGUACGAAGUCCCUUCCUUCAUGGGCGCCGUCCUGAAACGGUUGAUCGAACGAGAGUCGAUUUCGGACAGCGCGACCCUUGUCGAGGAAGUGCCGGAUCUGCUGGAAAGGCGGCCGCAGAUCAAGCAGCUGAUGGACGACGCACGUGGUCACAUCGUAAGGGAGUUUAAGGACGUGACGGGUACGUGGACGUCGGAUGAUUUCAUGGCAUUGCCUUUGGGUGUGGUUCAGUAUCUGCUGCAGUCGGAAGAGUUGGAGGCAGACUCGGAGGAGGAAAUCCUGACCAAAGCGGCUAAGUGGGCUGCGAACAAAACGGGGGCGUUAUCACAGCUUUUCCCGUAUAUUCGAUUCUGCUGCAUCCGGGGGGAGGUUCUCGAGAAGUGGGCUCAAACUGCUCGGUCGUUUCCCAACGUCCAGCUGAUAAAGAGAGCGCUGAAGGUUCAGGCGUAUUCGGACGCUAGGAAACGGCUCGAGAAAGGCCUGGUGUUCUGCGAAAGGAAAGGCGUUCAGCAAGUUCACCUCGAGAUCGUCGAGAACAUACGGUUCGAUGAGAAGGUCACGUCGGUAGUCACGCCGCCCGUGGUUUGGUUCGGCAAAACAUGGUAUCUCGCGGUUAUGAAAGAGGGUGCUCAGAAGAAGGGGGGCGAGGAGGAGCGGCCGCGAACCGUUGGCGUGUACUUGUUCUGCAAAAAGGCGGGCGACCAGGAAACGGUGGCGAGCGUGUCGGACAAAGUUCAAAUCUGCGCUUACGUCCGGACAUGGCCGGACGGCUUGUGGUUCCCCAUUGGUACCACCACUAAUACCUUCAGCCUAGAGGAAGGCAAAGGAGUAAAAAACUGGGGCUUUCCGGAUGCUCUGAACUUGCCUUGGGACGAAGCAAGAAAAUCGGAAAAGUUCUUAGGGCCAACCGGUGCUAUGGUUUUCAAGGUUGUGGCGCGCAGAUACACUGAUAGUGAGGCGGAAGAAUAAUCAGUCGACUUAUUGAGAAUUCUGUUAGCGAGGGACAUAAAGCUUGUCACUCUUUUCAGCAUGCACGCUUCCAAAGCCCCUAUGACCUGUUGUAAAAAGUCUCAGAACUUAGUAAGUAUAGAAAGCGAAG